UUCCGAUAGUCAAAAGCCUAACUGUGUUUACGACAACUGCAGAAUGCGUCUUCAAAUAAUAAAAGAUUUCCUCUUGAAGCAAUCUUUCGAUUUCGACAGACCAGAUAUAAAUUUGUACAAUUUUCAUCCGCAGCUACGAAUAUUUCUCGCUGUUAAAGGAGUAUUCUUUACAAAUAGGGGAUCUCGACUCAGAUUAAUAUGGCCGAGCAUUUGUAUCCAGCUUUCCAUAAUAGCAAUGACUUUUGAAGAAAUGUUCAUUUAUCGAGGGGUCACUAUAAAGGACUAUUCGUUCGCAACCGAAUGUUUUUGCUACUGGGUCUUACUCGGGUGUAUCCCUGUCGUCUACGUCAGCAUCCUCGUGCACACAAACAAGAUUUACGAUAUCGUCGUCAAGAUGAACGAAGAAUUUAUCUAUGUGUGUAGUUUGGGACCCGUUUACAGGAAACCAUUUCUAGAAGGCCAGUUACUAAUUUGGCAGCUGUGUUACGCGUGGUUCGGCUUCGUCAGCUUUGUGGGAGGACUGUACGUAGUGUUUCCUCUCGCUGGACUGAUAUACCAGAGCCUGUUCGCGACCCUGGACGAGAACACUACCAGACCACUCCAGUUCCCCAUGUGGCUACCUCAUGAUGAUCCUUAUAGGACACCCAACUACGAAUUGUUCCUGUUGAUCCAGUCGACGCUGUGUUUUUGUUUUGUACAAACCUUUUGUGUAUACGUGUACACACUGUUCCACAUCCUGCUGCAUUAUUACAUAAUUAUGGACAUGAUAAUAAUAGACUUCAGUGUGAUAUUUGCUGACCUUGAAGAGUCCGUUGCAUUGCUGCCUCGGCAUGACACCCGCAGGAUGGAAACACAGCGCAUAUUGAAUGCGAGAAUUGAAAAGAUCGUGAAGUGGCAUCUUUCUGUAUUUCGGGCUGUGAAAACUGUAUCGUCGAUAUAUGGGCCUCCGCUAGUGUACCAAGUCUCAUUCAGUUCCAUCGCCAUCUGCCUCAUUGCGUAUCAGAUUGCAGAGAAACUAGAUCAAGGCAGCUUGGACAUAUUAUUUUCCCUGCUAAGCAUCUGUGCGUGUUUGCAGCUAUGGAUACCGUGCCAUCUGGGGACCAUGAUUAGGAAUAAGGCGUUUGAGGUCGGUGACGCGGGUUGGAAGUGUGGCUGGCACGAGACACCUCUGGGCCUGAUGAUUCGCACCGACAUCAUCAUCAUCAUCUUGCGUGCGCAGCAGCCUGUCACCAUCAAGUACACCGGCCUACCAGAGAUACAGCUGGAGACCUUCUCAUCGUGCAUGAGCUCUUCAUAUUCUUACUUCAAUAUGCUGCGUCAAUACAGCAAGUAGUAUAGAUACAGAGAAGAGAAGCAAUGUUCUACACAAUCAGAAAUUCGCUGUUCAAUAAAUAACAACACUGAAUUAAUUGACG